CCGAGUUUUGCCAAGAUAUAAACGAUUCAUCUUCUUCGUUUCAUGAACAGAAGAAACAGAGCAAGUUUACACACAGAGAGUUAAAACCCUAAACCUUUUCGUUUCCCAGGAACAAUGGCUAAUCGCGAAACAGAUUCCUCACCGGAGAUUCGCUGCGUCUUUGUAGAAACCAACCUCGACACUCGUCUCGCGUUACCUGUGCAUAAAGAUGAAAUCAUCUCCGAUUUCAAAGACAAAGUACUCAAGGAGCAUAAACAAGUUUUCCCAGAAAUUGGAGAAAUCAAUAUCUCUGCGAUGAAGGUUAAAAGACGAAGAGAGUUUUAUCAUUUCUCAGAAUCUUUGAAUGUGUGUAAGGCUUUUGAUGGCAUUAGUACAGACUGGUUUAUGUAUAUUGAUGCCGUUAGAGUUGACAAGGGUAAGACGUUGGCUAUAAUGGAUGUUGAUCAAAACCUUGAGUUGGUUGAGAAGAAGGAAGAGAUUCCAAAUGGUAAGAAUACUAAGGAUUUGACUAUUGGAGAAGGUUUGGAAACUCAACUUGUUGAGAAAAAGACGAGGAAGAGGAGAAUUGUAAGUUCCGGUGGGAAAACAAGUCGAAAGAAAUCUAAGGAUCAAUCUGUUGUUGCUGCUACAACUCAAAAAGUACAGGGUGAAGUUGCCUCUCAAUCUUGUGCAGUUUCACCAAGAGAAAAGCUAGAUGUUGUUGUCACUGGAGCAGACAUUGAAAGCGGCGAGAUGAACAACAUUAGUAUGGGAGAGAAUCGGCAAACUUCUGUUGCGGACAGGCUAUUGGAAGAGAAAAAUCUCACAGUUAAUUCAGAGCUUGUAGAUGGGCAAACCAGUGGUGUGGUGAAGGAAGUACUAGACAAUCAAACUGUUAAAGGAGCUCUAGAAAAGCUAGAUGAUCUUACGGGAGCAAUAGAACAAGAUCUUGAAACGGGAGAAAUCACUGCUGAUAUAGUCAUGAUUGACCAAGAGAAGGGUAGUACACCUGUUUCAGAACUUGUAGAUGGGCAGAUUACAUCACAAGAUGAUGAGAGAGGUGAGGGAAGAAGAUUGGCUCCAAGUGCUCUCGAUAAUCUUCAAACUGCUGAAGUGGUGACUAACGCGGAUAACCAGUUGGAAGCUAGCAGUGGUAUGACAACUGGUCCAGCUACAGAGAAGAAGAGAAAGCGAACGAAGGGCUCAAAAGAUCACAUCAAACAAUCUACUGCUGCUGCUACUACAAAUUCAAGAAAAAUUGUGAAUGAGAUAAAUGAAUUACCUGGAAAUGGAGAUUGUGGUGAUGCUACUUCUAAAUCUCUUCCAAUCCCAGAAAGAGAAACUCUUCAAAAUCCUCUUGUAGAAGCAAUACAAAAAGAAACUGAGUUGGGUGUGAAAACUGUCGAAGAUGUGGGAACAAAUAAUAUGGAAACUGAUACUCUAGUGAGCCACCCGGAAAAUCAUUUGGUGGCCAACAGUGAGUUGACAUCUACUCCAGUUACUGAGAAGAAGAAAAGGCAAAAGAAGAGCUCAAAAGAUCAAAUCAAUCUAUCUGCUACUGCCGCUACUGCUACCACAGCUUCAAGAGAAAUUGUGAACGAGAUAAACGGAGCACCUGGAAAUGUAGAUCGUGUUGAUGCUACUUCUGAAUCUUGUCUAAUAUCACAAAGAGAAAAUCUUGGCAAAGAAAAUGAGAUUGGUGAGAAGAUUAAGGAAGAUGUGGGAAGCGGAAAAGCUAUACCAAGUUCUGCAGAUAAUAUCCAGACCGAUAAACGGGUGAGCUACCCAGAUAAUCAGUUGGAGGUUAGCAGUGGUUUGACAACCGGGCCAACUACAGAGAAGAAGAAAAGGCAAAAGAAGUCCUCAAAGAAUGACAUCAAUAAAUCUACUGCUGCUACUACAACAUCAAAGAUAAUUGUGAAUGAGAGGGAGAAGGUAUCUGGAAGUAUAGAUUGUGUUGAUGCUACUUCUGAAUCUAUUCCUAACUCGAAAGGAGAGAAGCUUUCCGAUACUGUUGUAGAUGCAAGACAAAAUGGAAAUGAGAUGGGUGACAUAUUGGUUGACAAGGUGGGAAGUGGAGAGGCGACUCUUAUCGGUGCAGACAAAAUACAAGCUGCGAGUGAUCUACAUGUUGCUGGUAUGGCGAGCACCCCACAUGCCUUUGUCCAGGAAUCCAAAACGCUGGACCACAUAGGUAAAGUUACGGAUAGUGAACAUGAAGUUCCUAAGGAAAGAGUUGCGAUAGAUGCUGAUCAGGCUAAAUCUGUGAAGUCUACUAAGAAGAAAAGUUCAAGAAAAGCCAAGACCCCAGCUAAAGAAGAUACUCUGGUAGAUUCUGGUGCACAGAAUGUUGAACCUAUCAAAGUUGUAGAUGGAGAAGGACAUGAUAAUGUUAUCAGAAAUGUAUUAGAUUCUUUGCAGCAAAGGAACGAAGCUGAGGAGAAUAUGGAGAAAAGUGGGAAGAAAUCAAGCAAGAGAUCGAAGAAGAAAGACUCUUUGAACAUUGUGGAGGAGGCCCAAGUAGUAGAUUCUUUGCAGCAAAAGAAAGAAGCUGAGGAAAAUCUGGAAAAAAGUGGGAAGAAGUCAAGCAAGAGAUCAAAGAAGAAAGACUCUUUGAACAUUGUGGAGGAGGCCCAAGUAUUGUCAGUUGAGGUAAACAAUGUUGCUCAGGAGGAAGCUUCUCCCAUCAACAACCCAAAAGACACAGAUGCAUUAUUCACGCCAGCUAAAAAAAAUACCGAGAGCAAUGCUUCACCUUUGAAAAAGAUUAUUGAGGUCACCGAUAAUACUGAGGAUAUUAACCGUUCCAUGCAAGUUCAGAAAGAGAACGCUGGUAUGGGAGACAAUAUUGGUUCUAGCCAAAAGGACGAUAUUGUUGGUGGUGCUAACAAGCAAGACCAAGUGACUGGUGGAACUAAGUCUAAAAAGGAGAAGAAAAGCCUUGAUUUGCAUCCUGGUGGUUCCAUUGAUGGCUCAAUGAAAAUGAAAGAGACAAAAGGUAGAGUUCAACCAUCUAGUUCAGGUACUAGUCAAUUGCAGUCAAUGGCUAAGAAUGAUCGCAGUGGAUCAAAGGUUGAUCUUUCUGAUGCACCCAUGAAAGGCACAGUAAACAACAAGAAGGAAGCUGUGAAGAAAAGCUCUAAGUCGGUUACAGUGAACAAGAGUAAGAUGAAUGUCAACAACAAGGAGAAAGCUGUGAAGAAAAUCUCUAACUCAGUCACAGCGAACAAAAGUACAACGAAUUUCUUCAAGGAUGCUGAGGAGGAUGAAUCUAAGACGACUACGAGUGACUCCACUAAAGCACCAUCAGAUAGUUCAUCAGACAAUGAUAGUGAUGUGACUUCUUCUAUGCAUAUGAAGCAAGGAAACAAUCUGUCUGGAGGAACAAAUAGGUAAGUAAACGUUUAAGGGUAUUAUUAUUGUCAAUCUUAGCUGCACAGACUACUGUCAUAAACUCUUUUUACUCAUCUUGUGAACAGGUUAUCGGGGAGCCUGCAAGAUAUCGUAAGAAGCUCAAAAAGUUACAAGGCGGCAAAACUGACAGCUUCUCAAUCACAAUCCGAUGCAUUCGAUGAUGAGAGCCUUGCGAAAGAUGUUGUCCCAGAUAGCCAAGCCGUCAUCUAAGUUUUAUUGAUUAUCCUUUUUGAUUCAAUUUUGACCAAAACCUGAAAAAGAUGCUCAAAUCUUCACAUCACGGUUUUGUACUUUUGUUGCUUGUUCUAACUAAUUCUGGUAUGGUGCUUCUUCUUUGACAUUUUAUGUUAAUCGGAAGUGCUUUAUAAGAGGUACUAUUGCAACAGCUAAAUGUUAAAUCUCGUCUCGGUUAAUC